GCGGAGUAUAUAUUUUGUGAUUGAAAUAUUUGUUCGAAAACAUGAAAUCUGUGACAAAAAAACAAAACAGAGGAGGUGCACAUAGUUUUCAUCGCCAUAGUAGAGUCUUCGGAGUUUCCGAAGCAACCAAAUUUCUUGAAUAAUACGUGUAUAUAUUUAACCUCUUCUACUUUCAUCUCUGGCUAAUUUCAUAGCUUCUCGUUUCUUCUCUAUUUCGCACUCUUCUUUUCGGAAUUUCAACAUGGCCACCUCCGUCGCCGGAUCUGCUAUCGCCGCCUUCAAACUCACCGGAGCCUCUGCGACAACUGACCGGAAAAUCUCCAGUUUGGGCAGCUUUUCACCCAUUUCGAAAUCUUUUCAGACCCUUAAUCACAGCUUGCAAUGCCGAUCACUGUCUUCUUUUGCUUCCUCUGGGGUGAAAGCCCAAGUUUCGACAAUUGAGAAAGCAGCUGUGGAAACUGUGAAAGAGGUGGAAGCUCCGGUCGUGGUGGUGACCGGAGCUUCUAGAGGUAUUGGCAAGGCUAUUGCAUUGGCUUUGGGGAAAGCUGGCUGUAAGGUUCUGGUCAAUUACGCCAGGUCGUCAAAAGAGGCGGAAGAAGUCUGUAAAGAGAUAGAGGCAUCUGGUGGUCAAGCUCUUACUUUUGGAGGCGAUGUUUCCAAAGAAGCAGAUGUGGAAUCAAUGAUAAAAACUGCGGUUGAUGCAUGGGGAACAGUUGAUGUUCUCAUUAACAAUGCAGGAAUUACCAGGGAUGGCCUGUUAAUGAGAAUGAAGACACCUCAGUGGCAGGAGGUGAUUGAUCUUAAUCUCACGGGUGUAUUCAUAUGCACACAGGCAGCUGCCAAAAUUAUGAUGAAGAAGAAGAAGGGACGUAUCAUCAAUAUAGCCUCAGUUGUUGGUCUUGUUGGCAAUGUGGGGCAAGCAAACUACAGUGCUGCAAAAGCUGGGGUGAUUGGCUUUACUAAAGCUGUGGCAAAGGAAUACUCGAGCAGAAACAUCAAUGUAAAUGCUGUGGCUCCAGGAUUCAUUGCUUCUGAUAUGACUGCUAAACUUGGAGAUGAUAUUGAAAAAAAGAUUUUGACUACAAUUCCUUUGGGAAGAUAUGGCAAACCAGAAGAAGUUGCAGGACUGGUGGAGUUCUUGGCUCUUAAUCCUGCAGCAAGUUACAUGACUGGACAGGUACUUACAAUUGACGGAGGAAUGGUAAUGUAAGCGAUGAGCCCACAUCCUUUCUGACUAUGCCAUGUUAAACUUGUUCAACUCAGCUAUAGUAGAUAUCGUGUUAUUUAGGUGGAAGGUUCUAGACAUUUUGCUUUGAAGAGCUUAUGAAAUAAGAUACUUGUACAAGAUUUUGCUUUAGAUUUUCAUUUGAAAUGUUUUUUGUCUUCA